AUUUUUGCUAUAUAUAUAUGGAUAAACUGAUAUUCCAAACAAAUUUAAUACAUUUUUGAGUGUUUAUUAAGUAUCCCUUCUGGUUGUUCAGAGAUUGAAUUUAAAGGUAUAUUUCAAAGCGAUAAGACAAUACUAUAAUUCACAAUAUAACCAACUAAUAGUUAUCACGGAAUGGUAUUGAUUAUGGCUUAUGAAUAAUAAAUGUAUAAAGUAACUAUUAUUAUGUAUGAUAAUUUCAUUAUUCAAAACUUUUAUAUUAUUUUUGUAUUUGUCUAUAUUUAUAUAUUUGAAAAUUUAAUAAUAAAUAAAUAAGUUACAGUUUCCCUAGUUAUUUUAAAUACACAAAAGAAAUGAUUAAUGUUCAAUAUUUAAUUUGUGUAUUUUUAUUCUAUGUACAUAUAAUAAUUUGAUGUUAUACCGCAAUAGAAAAUGGAGGAAUCAGAAGAUGAUAUAACUUUAAAAUCGUUAAGCGAAGAAGCUUUGUAUGAGCUUGCAGAUGAAAGUAUAACGGUAUCAAACAAAUGUAUAUUUGCCAGAUGGGUGAAACCAGAAAAUGUAGAUGAAUUAAAGUUCGUAUCCAAAGAUGUUUUAUUGAUAAGAGCCGGAGAGACCAUAAUAUUUUAUGAUGUUGAUACUCAAAAAGAAGAAAUCUUAAUAGUUGGCAAUAAAUCAAAUAGUGGUGAUGGGAAAUAUGAGUUAUCUUUAGAAGGCAUUGGGUGCAUUGAUUGCUGUGAAAUAGAUUUAUUGGCUUUGGCUGAACAACCACCAAUACCUAAGGUGGUUAUAUGCUCGUAUCCUGAACUAAAAGUGUUAGCAACUCUUAUUGAUAGUAGCUGUUCUGCAGCUUAUAAGUCAAUACUAUUUCUAAGAUUAGAAUAUUUAAUCGGCUUGCGUGGUUACCCAGCAUUUGAUUUGAUAGUUUGGGCAUGGAGAAUUGGAGAAAAACUUUUGGUCGUUGACACUGGAUUCAUUCAACCAAAUCAAUACCUAAAUCUUUCAGGGAUAACCACAACUGGCAGAAAUGACGUUUAUCUUUGCCAGACUGAACUUGACGUUGGGUGUAUGCUUCAGUUGUGGACGUUACACAUAGCCUGCAAAACAGUGUACGCAGAGAGAACUAAGGUCAAGGCACCUCCAGGUGCCACAGGAUCUGGUUGCUGGACACCAUACGGGUGGUACGUGUUCUGCGACUCAUUGGCAAACGUUUACCGUGUACAACCAGGCUCAUCAGAACCAGAAAUCGUUGUAACAACAGCAGUAGAUUCAAACUUGGAGAAAUAUGGUAGCGACGACGAUGUACCUGUCGCGUUAGUGUGCCCUAGCAAACAGGGCUUUGUGCUGUACACAGUCAAUCAAAGUUGUCAGCUGACGUGUUUUAAAGACACCAAAGGUAUAUUUACUAAAAUAUGGACGAUAAUCGUCGACUACAAAUUGCAGUGUAUUGUAGCUGUAAAAAACGAUAUUUACGGCUGGUCGAACGAAGGAAGUUUAUUACAACUUACACAAAAAAAUCAAAAAAUAAUGAAAGUUUAUGGAUCAAAAAUCAAGUAUUUUACAUUUAUUAGACCUACAAACGAAACAGUAGCAACCAUUAACAAUAAAAACAUCUUGCAAGUGUGGGAUGUUUCAACCGGAGAAUUUAAAAGCAAGAUGGAAUUAACCGGCACUGCAACGGAUUUGUGUAGUAAUCCAUUUUACAAUUAUAUUGGCAUUACGUUUAAAAACGGCAAAAUGGAAAUUCUAAGAACUGAUCCCAAAAUUAACGAAAUAGAGUGGAUCGCAAAAAUAGUGCUAUGUGAUGAAGAGUUAUCAACAGUAAAAUUUUUCUCAAAUGGGAAUACUUGUAUCGUCACCAGUUUUCCCACUGGUCGAUUUUUUUAUGUUAGCAUAAAAUUAGGACAAACAUGUUCUGUGAUUAGAGAAUACCAUUUGGAAAAGUACGUUAUUGAUUUUGACAUAAUAGACUUUAAAAAAUCGUCGUUUUUAACUGUGUUAUACUCAAAUCAGAAAAAUAUUGAAAAUGCUGGUAAUAAUAUUACAAUAUUUGAUUUAAAUUUCAAUGUGAUUUUAAAGUUACAAGAUACUCAAUAUUACUACAUAUCGAUAUUUAAAUGGAGUCCAUGUAACGUACCAGAUGCAAUCAACAUAGCCUUAUCUGUCUUGUUAUCGAAUGUUAUUCACUUAAUGACAAUAAAUAUCAUAAAGGAAAAAGUGUUAGACUCACAAAUUAUACAAUUAGAUCGGCAACUUAGAAAUAUCAAAACAUAUGUUUGGGAAAACCAUUGUGUUAUAUUUAGUCCAAAUGGCUGUUAUAGCCUUUAUACAUUUUAUGAUAAUGGACAGUGGAAAAAAAAUUUUAUGGUUAACUGCAGUCACUGUUUCCUAGGCAUGAUAGCUGCUGAAAUUGAUAUAAAUAUCUGUAAUAUACUAACACUAAGUGAGCAAGGAAACUUUGUGUGUACAAGUUUAAAAGGCACUUUUAAUCAUAUUGGACGGGUUUAUAAAAACAGUGCUCCAAUUAUUGUAGAUAAUUUUGAAACAAAAGGAAUUGGGUUUGAAAAUGAACUAGAAUCCCCAAAACGUAUAACUUGGUUAAUGAUUAAUAAACAGAAUGAAUUGAAUGCCAGUGAAGCGGCAUACAGUAGCCAAAAAAGUAAAAUAACUCAAGACUUUGAAAAAAUAAAAACAAAACUUAUACAUUUAUUUGAAACAAAUAUCAAAAGACCGAAUUACAUGCAAACAAAUAUAGAAGAAUUCGAUUUAAAUGUAGAUUAUACACUAAGUUUUAAAAAAAAGUGUAUGUUAGAACGUAAUAAAUAUAAAGAAAACAUUUUUAGUGACAUCAACAAUUUCAAAAUAGAAACUGAAAAUAUUAUCAAGGAAAAAUGGGAAACUUUAUUUAUCAAACCAAAAUCUAUAUAUUGUUUAAAAAAUAUAUAUAAAGUAGACAAUUUUCCAAUAAGCACAAUAGACCAAGAAGUCAUUAAAAAAGCAAAUAAAAUCAUAGAAGAAAGAAUAUUAAUUAGAGAUAUGUCAGAACAAUCCACUGAAGCCUUAUUUUUUAAAGAUAAUUUUGAUAUAUCGGACAUUGAAUCAAAUUCAGAAUUAAAUUAUAAACAUAAUAAUGAUAUAUCAAUAAUGGGCUCAAUAAGUUAUAAGUUUGUUGAAACUAUGGACACUCUAAAUUCUCAGUACAAUUAUUAUAAAUUAGAAAUGGCCGAGGAUGAAAUAAUUUUACUUCAAUUUAUGAUUAACAAAUUAAAACAUAGAUUUAAUCAACUAUUUGAUGAUUUGUUUAUUGAAAAACAACUGCAAUUAGAUAAUUUGAAGGAAUAUCAGGACCGAUUAUAUGUAAUUGAAACUGAAUUACAGUUGGCAUGCAAAGUUGAAUCAACUGGAUCUUUGCCAGUUAAUUAUAAAUGGAAUAAAUAUGAACAACCCGAAACAUUAUUAUACGUGAAUGACGAUGAAGUUCCCGUAGAACUGUAUCAUUCUAGUAGUGAUGAAAUGUCAACUAAUGAAGAAAAGAACAAUAAAUUGUUAAAAAUAGACAACUUUAAACAGCGAGCAUUGAUGAUAAUGAUGGAUGGUGUGCUGGAAAAAAGAUGGGAAGAUGAAUUAAAAAAAGAUGUGCCUAAACCUGAAUGCAUGUUGAAUAAAAAUCCAGAGGAAUAUACAGCUGAUGAUUUUAAGGCUAUAAAAGCUUAUGAAAAACUAACUUUAAUUCUGAACGAUGAAAGAAUAAAAUAUAAAAAUAUUCUCGAAGAAGAAAAGAUUAAAAUCUAUCAUCAUAUCGAACAGAUUAUAAUGGAAUUUGAUAACAAUGUAUUUACUCUGUUUCAAAUGAAAUUGAAGUAUAAUUCAGCUAUCAAUCAGGAGCAUUUAAAAAUGCUUAGACUUUCAAAAAUGUUAAGUGAUAGUGAUCAACGAAAACGCCAAAUUAAAGAAUACAAAGAAAUCAUUUUGAAGUCGAGAGAAACUAUCAUGGAGAUUGAAGAAAUUAUUGAGGAAACGAAUAAAAACGCAGCAAUAACCGAGCCAACUUCUUUGCUUAAUAUCAUAGAAAUAUUGAAUCAUAAAAAUAACAACCUUAGUAAACGUUUUAAAUCUGAAUUUCCUUCCAAACUUAAAUAUGAACAAGCGUUAAUCAUCUACAACCGGAGACCUAAAAUAUAUGGCAACAAAAAUUAUUCUUCAUUACUUGGUUACCAAUUUGUCGACAGUAUAAUGGAUCCAACAGAUAAUAAGCUAAAUAUUUUGACCACAGAGUUCGUUAAAUACUUAGAUACACUCAAUAUGUAUGACGACUAUAAAUAUGUAGAAAAUAAUAAUCUGAAUAUGAGCAGAGAUACUUGGCAUAAAGUUUGCAAUUUUAGACGUAUGAAAAUUGAAACUGAAUUUAAUAUCAGUACUUGUCAAAAACAUGCAAUAGACAAUGAUAAUUUAUUAGAAAGCUUAAAGUACAAUAAAAAAAAUAAGGAAAAGACGAUUGAGGAAUUAAAGAUGUCUAUAAUUACACUAGAAAAUCAAGAUUUUUAUUAUGAAGACAACCCUGAGAUUCAAUUAGUAUUAAAACAAAGAAAUGUCGAAACUGUUCUUACAGGAAACUUUGGUGAUUUCGAAAAUACAUCACUUAUUUCCAAAAAUAUUAUAGAUGAAGUGAACACUGAAAUUAAAGAAAUGGGUAAUUCUAAAAUUAAUGCUGUAUCUAAUUUACUUAAAUUCAAAUGUAAACAUCGAUUAUUAGAAUGGGAAUAUGAGAUGUUAAAAAAUCAUAAAAUUCAAUUAUAUACAUUUCGUUAUGAUUUUAUAACUUCAAUGAAAAUUACCGAGAAUAUGUUAUAUUAUUUCAAGUUCAAAAUAAAAGGAAUAAAUAUUACUGAACAAGCUAAACAAAAUUUAGAUAAAGAUCUAUCUGCAAUGAAAUUUACUUAUUUAAAAACAAAAGAAAAUCUAAAUCUGAAAUUAAAUGAUCUGUAUAAAGUAGCAAGUAAAACUAAAAAAAGAAAUAAAAAGACUGACGAAGACAUUGACCAAAUGAAGUGGGAAUUAAAUGAGUUAAAGUGCCAUAUCAAUUUCAGUUUGAAUGAUAAACCGAUACAUCAUAGUGGUGAAAAAAUGAAAAAUAUUAUGAAAUUAGCCAAAAUAAAUACAAAAGUGCUAAAAUUAAAGAAAGAAAUUGCAUUAUUGAAAAUUGAAUUGGAAUUACUGCUUCUCAGAAGAUAGUUUCCAUCAAGUUAACAUUCAAAACAAACAAAAGAAAAAAAAAUAGCAAUUUACAUCAUUUUUUGGUAUUUACAAAUAAAAAAUUUAUAAAAACUAUCAAUAUAAACUAAUUUAAAAAUAAAUAAAUUAUAAUAAAUAUAAAAUAUUAUAUGCCAUA